CUAAAUUUAGCGACACGGAAAGCGCUGGAGCGCAUCGCCGCCGCAGCGACGUGAGAUUCAGGGGCCGGAGGCCGUCGCGACUGUAGAUCCCCAGUUGGCGUCGCCGCCGCAUCUUCCUCCAGUCCUCGUCGGUUUCGUCCCCAAUUGGAGCGCGCGAGACAAUUCGGGCCAUGGCGAUGCUCCGAUCUGCUAUUCGUCUCGCUUUCCGGCAGUCGGCGCCGGCCCCUCGCUUCUUCGGGAACGUUGGCCGCCGCAACCCUGCAUCCACGAUCACAUCGAAACGGAAUUAUUUCAACAGUAGCGAGUAUGACUUUGUGAAGGAAGACUUUACGGACCCCUGGAAUGCAGUAGACUUUUUAAUUGGUGGCUUUGGUUUUGCCAUAGGGCUUUUGUUCUAUCACAAUUUGAAAACAUCCAGGUACAAUACGGCACACUAUGUACAGAAAUCCACUUCUGAUACUGGUCAUUAUGGACAGGAGAAAGCGGAGAAAAAAGAAUUGUCAGAAGUGUCCAUGUCUAACUGAAACUUGGUCUCGGUGGUGAUAUGUUCUACUUGUAUGGGUUCAUUGGCGAGCAGAUGUAUGAGAAGAAAUCUAAUAAAGAGAGAAGUACACUGUGCUGCUGUUCUGUCAGAGUUUUCUACAUUUGUUUGUGUUUUUU